GCGGGGCGGAAGGGGCGGGGCGAGGCGAGGCGGCAUGCUGCGCUGGGGGCGCUGGGGGCGCGCGCUGCGCCCGCGGGGGGGGGCGGGGGCCGCGCGGCGGGGGGGCCCGUCCCCCCGCUGCGCCUCCGACCUGUUCGGCGAGGUGGGGCGGGCGCUGCAGCGCGGGCUGCCGGGGGGGCACUGGGGGGGGCCGGGGCGCCCCCCGCCCGAGCAGGCCGACGUGGUGGUGGUGGGGGGCGGCGUGCUGGGCUGGGCCGUCGCCUACUGGCUCAAGGCGCUGGAGGGGCCGCGGCGCGGCGGCAUGCGGGUGCUGGUGGUGGAGCGCGACCCCACGUACUCCCGCGCCUCCUCGGUGCUCUCCAUCGGCGGCAUCCGGCAGCAGUUCUCCCUGCCCGAAAACAUCCGCAUGUCCCGCUUCUCCGCCUCCUUCCUGCGCUCCAUCAACGAGCACCUGGGGGUGCCGGAUGAGCCCCCCAUCGACCUGCAGUUCAACCCCUCCGGCUACCUGUUCCUGGCGUCGGAGCGGGGCGCCGCCACGCUGGAGCACAACGUGCGGGUGCAGAGGGAGGAGGGGGUGCAGGUGGCCCUGCUGUCACCCGCCCAGCUGCAGGAGAAGUUCCCCUGGGUCAACGUGGACGGCGUCGCCUUGGCCUCCUACGGCCUGGAGGGCGAAGGCUGGUUCGACCCCUGGGCCCUGCUGGGCGCGUUUCGGCGGAAAGCCACGUCCCUGGGCGUCUACAGCUGCGUCGGCGAGGUGAAAUCUUUCGUCAUGUCCUCUGAAAAUGAGGUGACGGCGCAGGGGCAGUCGGAGCCCGUGUCCCGCAUCAAAUACGUCAACGUCCACGCUCCGGACAGCCGCGAGUACCAGCCCGUGGCCUGCGCCAUCGUGGUGAACGCCGCCGGCGCCUGGGCCGGCCAGCUGGCCCGCCUGGCCGGUGCCGAGCUGCCCGUGGAGCCCCGGAAACGGUUCGUCUUCGUGUGGCACUGCCCCGAGGGGCCCGGCCUGGAGUGCCCGCUGCUGGUGGACACCUCCGGCGCCUACUUCCGCCGCGACGGCAUCGCCGGCAACUACCUGGGCAGCAUCAGCCCCGCCGAGGAGGACGAGCCGGAUACCGGGGACCUGGAGGUGGAUCACAGCUUCUUCGAGGAGCAAGUGUGGCCCAAGCUGGCGCAUCGGGUGCCCGCCUUCGCCUCCCUCAAGGUGCGGAGCGCCUGGGCCGGCUACUACGACUACAACACCUUCGACCGCAACGGGCUGCUGGGGCAGCAGCCGGGCGUGGGGAACCUGCUCGUGGCGGCGGGCUUCAGCGGGCACGGGCUGCAGCAGGCGCCGGCGGCCGGGCGCGCCUUGGCCGAGCUGCUCCUCGCCGGCCGCUUCCGCAGCCUCGACCUGCGCCGCCUCGCCUGCGCCCGCCUGCCCGCCCGCCAGCCCGCCCCCGAGAGCAGCAUCGUCUGAGCCCCCCCCGCCCCCGAAUAAAGCGCUUGGCCCCUGCA